GAAUUUAAAGAAAAGAGAUUAUUCAAAAUGGCGCUUCCUUUGAAAUUUAAUGAAACAUAGUUUUUUCAAGACAGCGAGAAUAAAAAACGACUAUUGUUUAGACUUUAUACAAAAUUGAUUACAAUUUCACAAUGGAAUCAAUAGACAAGUGGUUUCAGAGAGAGGUUAUACAGUGGCGUACAGGAGCAGCUAUUGCCUGGUCUGUUAUAACAUUGCCAAUCAUCAGCAUUGUUUAUCUAUUCCUGACAAGCUUUCAGUUGUUUCAUCCUCUACAAUGGACCACAGAUUUUGUAAGCAGUUUGUUCUCUCUCACAUUUUUAAGCAAUAUAGUUUUGAUCAUGCUGGUGAAUGCUGGUUUCUAUGUCUACUCAAAGAACACAUAUACAGUGAUACCAACAAUGUCAAUUACCAGGUUUUCUCAACUCCCUCAGUUAUGUAAAGGUUCUGUCAUGAUGUAUGCAGCUUUAUGUUGGGGGUGUGGCCUAAUCCUCGGAUGGGUGUGUACAUGUAUACUAGGGGACAGAUAUACAAGUCUGUCUAAGCAGUGUGCUGCAGACAGUGAGUUGUACUGUAUCAAUGAGUACCAUCUAUUUGUGGUGUUAUAUGGAGGUUUUACAGGAAAAAUGUAUAUUGUCUACCAUUACAUCAACCAGAAUAAUGUCUUACAUUUCCCAACAUUACAGCAAGCAAAGUUUUUCCAAGUACGAGGGAGGAUGCCAAGAACAGCCUGGUCAGCACUUGGUCAUGUGAUAUUUCAGAUCAAAUUCUUCUACAUUUUCUACUAUUUGUUUGGAAAUAUUCCAAGAGAUGCUAUAGCUGAAACCCUCUCUCUUAAAUUUGAGAGGGAGUCAAGACUUGACAGUUUAUUUGGCUUGUUAUUUGAUGUUGCUUUACUAUGGCAGACAAUCCUGGUUGGCUUAUUUAUACAGUUCUCGUGGUGCUAUGGUGCUCUACUCUACAAAGUCUACAAUACACAGUAUUAUGAGUUUCCAGUGAGCACAAUGUUUGAUAAUUUCAAGAAUAAAUGUCUCGUAGAUUCUCUGUCCUGUACUAAUCUACCACUCUUACAGGCCCUGGGUUUUAUGGAUUUGGAUUUACUGGCCAAACAUUCAUAUACCAGGAGAAAGGAACUUUUCAGUUUAAGUCAGCCAGGUGGACAUCCACAUAACUGGAACAAAAUAUUAGCUGUAUGUCUGGCUGUAAUACAAGAGAUGAAUGAUACUGUACAAGAAGUGAACUGGAAAAUACUGGCUAAUGCUCCAGUAAGACAACCACAUGCAGAGAAAACAGCAAGUAAUGGUACAUCUGAUGGAUUAAAACAUAGAUCAUCAACUACUGAUGGUACCUCUAAACCAGCAACAUCAGCUGUCAAAGACAAGAUAGUAAAUGGAUUAAAGAAGAGAUCAUUGCUGACAUUUUUCACUGGAGAGGUACCUGACAAUACACAUAAAAACCUGUUUGCCUCAGCCUUCAUACAGAUAUGGGCAGUAGAUGCCCUGUCAUCACUUGUGGUAGCAUCAUUUCAUGAAGAUUCAUUUGGAGUUGUUCAGAUGUCGUUGAGAGAUAUUAUAACAGUUAUUCUUAACUUACAAGAGAACAUUGACAAACAUUUCAAGUUAACUGGUGGUGUAAGUAGACGUGUAACAAAAGAUGUGAACAAUAAUGAUGUACCAUUGAAAUAUUUACUACAAUCCUCACUGAAGAGUUCCAUCUAUAGCAUUAUCAACACAUUUGGUAAACAUCUCCUGGAUAUUGGCUUACCGAUGGAGACAGAAAAAAAACUACAUCAUUUUCUAGACUAUAGAGAGUAAGGCAAUCCCUAUAUUAGGGAAGAGAUUAUCAGAAUAUGAUAACUGUUUUAAACAGUUAUAAUAACAUAUUUAGGUGUUAAAGUGAUAGUUUAUGGGAUGAACUUUGUUAUAAAACAAAUGGUGCAAGUGAAAAUCUUAGAAUAAACUUUGUUUAUCAUUGAAGUUUGUAUAUGUUAACAUCACAUGUUGUAUGAAAUUCUAGUGUAUGAUUUGUGUUUUGAAAUCUUUAAAAUUCUUUUAUAAGAGAAUUCUUUAGUUCCUUGUUAUAAGUAGAGGUUGAGGAAGCCUCAAAAUCAUGUAUAUAUGAAAGUGCUACAGCUUACCUUGCUAUAUAAUUGUUGUAUAAAAAUGACAUUUUUGUGUUCAUUAUUUCGAAACAUUGUCGUAAAUGUGAUUAUACAUGUACUAUAUUUUCUGUAUUGCUUUCAGUCAUUGAUACUCGGCAACAAAAAUAAAUACUUGUUUCUCAA